UCGCUGCUGGCGGUGACUGGCUAACGGGUGGUCUUUCUCCGCCGGCCGAAAGUGCCCCAUAUCGCAACGCUUCAACAAAACCCUCCACAGGCGGCAACGGACUGGAGAACUCCACUCUCGCUUGCUCAUAUAGAGACACACAUACAGUAUUGACUUCCGCAGGCUGGUCCUGCCCUGGCACAGCACAUACACAGCUACUUCCUCCUUCGCUACAACACACCCACCUUAUUUGCCACUCGCAGUUCUCCGCCGCUGCACCAUAGUCACAAUGACAGCCGAUAUGAUGGAAGAAGUGAUUGACUUGACGGGCGAGGAAACGGACUAUGAACGAAUUCAGCGGGCGGAGGCCGUGAAGGCACGAGCCAACGAGCUAUACAAAAAGGGCGACUAUAGAGAGGCUGUAAACCUCUACUCGGAAGCUGUCGACAUUGCUCCCACGUCAGGCGUAUACUACGCCAACAGAGCCGCGGCUUUGAUGAACAUGAGGCGAUAUCGCGAUGCCUCUAAUGACUGUAAGCGUGCGCUCGAGUUGGACGGCCCAAGCGUGAAGGUCGUUCUGCGGGCGUCAAAGUGCCUGAUGCACUUGGGACAGUUGGAUGAGGCGACUACUCUCCUGAAACAUGCACAAGCGCAGGCAUUGGGGAAUACGAUUACUGUGAGCCAGCUUGACCGUGAGCUUGGAAGCGUAGCGAAAGCCGAAUCCUUCAUAACGCAAGCCACAAGGCUGAUGAAACGCAGUCAGUACAAAGAGGCUCUGAUUCAGCUGGAAAUGGCCAUGAUUACAGUAGAUCCAUCCCUCCGAAGCUCCUCCUCAGCCGCCAGCUCAUCUCGUUUGGUGGGGUUAUCUUUGGAUACUAUUGCUGUACGAUGGAGGCUGCUGCGCGCGGAGUGCCUUGUGGAAGUUCGCGAACUGGAUGAAGCAGCCAGUGUCACAACGUCUAUUCUGACUGCCGACAACACAAAUGCGGAUGCCAUAGCGAUCCGGGCUCGUGUGAUGUACUUGCAAGAUUCCAAGCCGGAAAACAUUCCCAAACUCUUGGCUCAGGCAUUGUCGUUUGACCCUGACAACACCAAGGCACGCGACUUUUUGAGGAAGGUCAAGCGGAUGGAAGCUGUGAAAGCCGAGGGUAACGAGGCGUUCAAGACCGGGCGCUACACAGAGGCGGUGGAAGCCUACACCAGAUACUUAGCUGACGACGAUGAGUCGGGAGUGGGGCGGGCGAAGGUCCUUAGCAAUCGUGCCACGGCAAGGAGCAAGCUUUCGCAAUUCGAACUUGCUGCCGCAGAUGCAACAAUCGCAUUGGACCUUUUGGAGAACCUCACAUUCCCUGGAAAUGAGCACCCUACACCAGCAGACAUGAGGAGUUCGCCGAACUCCUCGCUGUUCAGCAAACUGUAUCUGCGACGCGCCGAUUGUUACAUGAAGGUUGAGAAAUACGAAGAAGCUGUCCGGGAUUACACAGCGGCCGAGCAAUUGGAUCCACAAAACGGAGAAAUUUCAAGAGCGUUGCGCAACGCUCAAAACCUGCAUCGACAGUCCAAACGGAAAGAUUACUACAAAAUCAUGGGGAUAGAGAGGGGAGCGUCGGAAUCCGAGAUUAAGAAGGCGUACCGGAAAGCCGCACUGCAGUACCACCCCGACAAAAGCGCCGGUCUCAGCGAAGAGGAGAAGCUGGUCGCAGAAGGGAAAUUCAAGGAGAUUGGAGAGGCGUACACAGUUCUCUCGGAUCCACGCAAGAAGGAGAUGUUCGACAAUGGAAUGGACAUUGACGGGUCGUCGGCGUCCGACGGCAUGUCAUCGGGUUUCGGUGGACAUGGAGGCCACCCUGGCCAGAUGGACGACAUUCUGAGAAUGUUCUUCCAGCAAGGCGGAGGCGGCAUGGGUGGCGGUAUGGGCGGUGGCAUGGGCGGUGGCAUGCCACAUGGGUUCGGGUACGGAGGAGGUCAACCUGAGUUUCAUCAGCACAGUCAACCAGGAUUUGGCCAUUCACACAGUUUCCGCGGCGGCGCCGGUGGGAGGCGGCCUGGUCAACAGCGUCCACCACCAGGUUACACCUACUCUCAGUUUUAGAGCUUUUGGAGACGGCGUCGGGCUUGGGAUUGGGAUCGUUUUGUGUCCCUCCCUCCCAUAUAUAGAAUAUUCGCUCCCUAUUUUGUGUCUAAUAUUUAACCAACUCUGCCACCCAGGUCUCGAAGCUGCCCGAAAGUGUACAUUAGAGUUUGAAGGAAACAUAGGAUGGCUGCUGAUUCGGAUUGAAGAAAUUGCUUUCGAAUGGAUGAUACUAAGCUACUCCAGAGCUACCUCAAGAAACCAAAACCAAAAACUCGUGCCUAUGAAACUUCGAUACGAUGAUAUUAAGCUACGUACUCCAGAGCUAACCCAAGAAACUAAAACCAAAAU